AUGGCUUUGGUCUCGUACUUGUGGAAAGAAUACAUCAAAUUAGUCGCUGCCUUUCACAUCCCACAAGAAAGAAUGGAGGAAUGGUGCACUCAACAAAUAAAUUACGAUAUACAAAAACGUACGGCAGAAGAAAGAAGACGUAGAGAAGACAAAGAGGUAGAAGAAAGAAGGCGUAGAGAAGACAAAGAGGUAGAAGAAAGAAGACGUAGAGAAGACAAAGAGGUAGAAGAAAGAAGACGUAGAGAAGACAAAGAGGUAGAAGAAAGAAGACGUAGAGAAGACAAAGAGGUAGAAGAAAGAAGGCGUAGAGAAGACAAAGAGGUAGAAGAAAGAAGACGUAGAGAAGACAAAGAGAAGAAAGAAGGCGUAGAGAAGACAAAGAGGCAGAAGAAAGAAAAAGGAUUAGAGAAGAAAAAGGAAGACAAGAAGACAAAGAGGCAGAAGAAAGAAAAAGGGUUAGAGAAGACAAAAGAAGACAAGAAGACAAAGAGGCCGAAGAGAAGAAACGCAAAGAAGAAAAAGAAGAAGAAGAAAGAAAACUUAAAGAAAGAAAAGAAGAAGAAGAAAGAAAACUUAAAGAAAGAAAAGAAGAAGAAGAAAGAAAACUUAAAGAAAUACAAGAAGAAGAAGAAAGAAAACUUAAAGAAAGAAAAGAAGAAGAAGAAAGAAAACUUAAAGAAAUACAAGAAGAAGAAGAAAGAAAACUUAAAGAAAGAAGAAGAAGAAGAAAGAAAUGAAACUGAAGAAAAAGAGACAAACAUUACUGAAGGACCUUACAUUGUUUAUGAGUACAACAAGAAUACUACUGAACUUCAACUAUUUAAUAAUGAAGAAUUUAAAGCUGACCAGAAGAAAGAUACAACUUUGACAAGAAUGUACAAGAAGGCACAAACAAAUGAAAAGCAGCCAGGACUUAAUGUACCUUAUUUCAAAGAAGGAAUACUUGUGAAGAAAAGUGUUAAUUAUGAUACCUAUGAGUUUGUUGAACAAAUCAUUUUACCACUGAAAUAUACUCAAGACAUCAUUGAAAAGAAUCACAAUUUUUUACAUACCAAACUAGCGAGUGUGACGAGGACAAAGAAAAGAAUUCUUGACAAAUUUUAUUGGCCGAGCAUUACAAAAGAUGUUAAGAAACAUGUUAGUCAAUGUCAAGUUUGUCAAAUGAACAAUUCUAAGAGAAAACAAGUUCAUGAACAGAAUAUGAAAGUUGAACAAAGUUACGAACAAGGUGGAAAUAUUAUACCAGACAAAAAUGACUCAAAUGUUGACGAAUCAAACCAAUUUACGUGUACCUUUAAGACAGAAAAUCGCCUGACAUUGAUGGACAAUUUCUGCAACAACAGUGAUAUGACUCAGCAACAAAGUUACAUAAGUACUUCCAAAGAAAGUCAAUCAAAUAUAGAUUCAAACAUAUUUGUUUCGAAUGAAUCACUGUCUAAGUCAAAACAAAAUAACUCAGAAACGAAAACAUUUCAACAAGAUUUUGAUACAAAUAUUACAGUGAUACAGCCAUGUGAAAAAACUAAAGAAGCUAAAGUCAACAUUGAAAAUGAAAGAGCAUUAAAUGAAUACAGAAAGUUUAGAAAUUUUAAACAAAAGUAGACAAAGUGAAGUUAUGGUUACCUGACAUGAGAAACAAGCUGAUUUAUACAUGGCAAGGUCCAUUUCCUAUCAUCAGAAAGAUUUCAAACGUAACUUAUAAAAUCAACAAUAACAAAUAUAUCAAAGUGUUUCAUGUUCAUAUGCUUGGAAAAUACAACGAGGAUACAGAUAAUGAAAACUUAUCAAAAGAACUAGAAGACAAUGUUACAUGCUUAGAAACAAUUCAAGAGGAAAAUGAAGACAAUAUAAAUGAACUAUUACCAACGACAUCAAAACAAACUGAAUCUAUCAAAGACAUUGACAUAGAUCAUUUAAAGCUGAAAAGUAAGACAGACCUGUUGAAUACAAGUGAAGAAUAUACUGAGAUAUUUCAUGAUGUUCCUGACAUAUCAACAUUUAUAGACAAUGUGAUUGACUUAAAAACUGACAAACUUGCCAAUUCAAAUGUUUAUUUUCUAACUUUGCACAAUAGAGAUUUACUGCAGAAAGACUUAAAGGAUUUAUUAGAACAAUGCAUACAUGAA